UACCGGACGUGAAUUGUCUCUAUCCACCCACUGUAGUUGCCGCAGUUCUGUUUACUUCUUCGCGAUGUUUCCCUUGGCCAAAAACGCACUAAGUCGUCUUCAAGUUCGAAGCAUUCAGCAAACAAUGGCAAGGCAGAACCAUCAGAAACGCGCACCUGAUUUCCAUGACAAAUAUGGUAAUGCUGUAUUAGCUAGUGGAGCUACUUUCUGUGUUGCUGUUUGGACAUAUGUAACAACACAAAUUGGAAUAGAAUGGAACCUGUCCCCUGUUGGCAGAGUCACCCCAAAGGAAUGGAGAGACAAGUAA